AAAGAAGACCUGACUAAAGCCUGCAAUAUUCUGGGAGUGUCUGCCAGUGGAUCCAUUUCUGACAUUAUAAACAGGCUUGAGGAGCUUCUCCUGUAUAAGAAUGUUUAUCCUAAGAUGUUUGUGAAACUCCAAAAAGCUGGAGAAACAAACACACAGCCUAGAGAAGUACAGAGCAAAGAUCCAGAUGUCUCAGCGAAACUGGAUAGCAUGCCAGAGGAAGGGAAGAAGUUUUCGGUGUCAAUGUUCCCAAUUGAGCAGACACACAAGGAGACAAUCUCCAGACUGUACGCUGAGAAGAGAAACGAUGAUAAUGUCAUUGCCAGAAUUUCUCACUAUGCCCUUUUGUAUCUGCGGGACCUGAAAUCUGUUCUCCCUCCACAUCUGUUGAGUGACACGAGCAGUACAGCAAUGCCUUGGCUAACUGAUAAUGCUGUAAAUUGUCGCAUUGCUCAGAUUGCCGAAGGCACUAAUGAUGUUGUGGCCUUGAACACUGACAAAUUCAUUUUGUGGCACAGGGAUUGGCAGAGAGAUGCAAAAGUGUCAGAUGAGCAUUUGAAAGAGCUUGAGAAAACCUCAGAAUUCCUGAAAAUACUUUUACCAAGGAUUGUUGGACCUGGGGAUAACCCAGAGAAGGGAAACCACUUCAUUCUUUGGGUUUUUGAUAUGACUACAAAAACCAUCAGAGUUUAUGACAACACUGAUCAGUAUGUGACAAUUUCAAUCCUGGACAUGGAAGUUCUGAAGGAUGCUUUUAGAAAUAUUGCCUCCUUGAACAGUUGGACUGUGUCCAGUCCACGUCAAUGGCAGAGAGAUGACAGAAGGAACUGUGGUGUUUUUGUAUGCACAAUGGCAGAGAUGGAAGCUAGAAAUGUUCAAAUGUGCCAUGAAGUGCUGCACAAUGAACAGAUGUGUCACCUUCGGCUCUACCAUGCCUCAUGCAUGGUUAAAACAGUGCAGAGUGCAAAACAAAACACAUGUAUGGCCCAAGAUGCUGGAGUUUGCAUUUACCAAAAAUAUCAUUCAAAAGUAAUGCACCCAGAUGUCAAGUCACUGGACUGGAUUCAGUGUGAUCUUUGCAAAAAAUGGCUGCAUGCAGACUGUGCUGGCAUCAGCCUUGACAUAGUCACAGAGGAUACAACAUUCUGCUGUGGAUGUGACACUAAACAUGUGCACACCUUCGAGAAAACACUGGCACUCUUGAAGCAGGGCUGGUUGGUUGAACUUUUAAUAGAGGAUCAAGAGAUCUUGAACUUACACAAAGGCUUGGAAAAUGGCACAGUAAGAUCCAACAGGAUGUUUUUAUUCAAAAAUCCCACAUUUUUUCCAAAGUUGAAAAUGAAACUCAGUCAAAAGUUUUGUUUUUUUGACGAAGAACAGACAGACAGGAUCAUUAAAAGGAUAUACACGGUUACACAAUUGCCUAGAGUUUCCCUGGAAAGCACGACCUACAUUCUUGAAGUUUUGACCCCGGAGCUUACAUUCAUAAUUCUGCACAAGACGGAGGGAUUUCACAGAUUCCAGGCAGAAAUGGCUUUAUAGUCAAACACUGUUCUGGAGUAGGUCUUACUUUUGCUGACUUCUUGUUGUCCUGCUUUAAACAUAUCUGAAAAGCUCAUUCAUGUGUCCUAUUUCUCUUUUAAAGGGUAAAAUGGUCAAACCCAAAAUAGUUUAAUAGCAGUUCAUCACCAGGAAUGUUGUCCUGUGUGAUGGGAGAAGCACUGUUGUCCACGGAGAUAGCAACAGCGACUGCGCGUAAGCGUUUGCUUAAUACACUAUUGCCAUAGGUAUUGUUUAAAUUAUUAAGUAGUGCUAGAAAGUCUUUUUUCGUUCUCUGCCUAUUUGUAGUGUUGCUGUUUCGUUUUAAUUAGCACUUUCGAUUGCACUUAUUGAAAUUAGUAUUGCUGAAAUCCUGCAGGCACUUAAGUGCGAAGCAUCUCGCUCUUAGUUUCGAUUCGAGGCAUUUGCAUAGAUAUAGACUUUGGGCUUAAGUCAGGAGGCGUGUCCA